AGCUGGUGGGCGGCGAAUUCGACAUGGAGCUGAACUUCGUGAUUCAAGACGCGCAGAAUAUCAGGCACAUGUUGGAACUGCUCGAUCAUUGCCCGCCCAAUCUCCAGGCCGAAAUAUGGAGCGUGUUCAUCGCUAUUUUGAGGAAGAGCGUGCGGAACUUACAAGCGUGUACAGACGUAAGCCUCAUCGAACACGUGCUGCUUCGAUUGUCCCGGGCUGAGACUGUUGUCGCAGAUUUAUUGAUCGACAUGCUUGGAGUGUUGGCCAGCUACAGUAUAACAGUGAAGGAGUUGAAGCUCUUAUUCGGUGCUAUGAAAGCUGUGAAAGGGAAAUGGCCACGACAUUCGGCGAAACUGUUGAACGUUCUCCGCCAGAUGCCGCAACGGAAUGGACCGGACGUGUUCUUCAGUUUCCCCGGCAGAAAGGGAUCGGCGAUCGUGCUUCCGCCGCUCGCGAAAUGGCCACACGAGAAUGGAUUCACGUUCACCACGUGGUUCCGUCUGGACCCCAUCAACUCCGUUAAUAUCGAACGAGAAAAGCCGUACCUCUAUUGUUUCAAAACUAGCAAGGGAGUGGGCUACUCGGCGCACUUCGUAGGGAACUGCUUGGUCCUCACGUCGAUGAAGGUGAAGGGCAAGGGCUUCCAGCAUUGUGUCAAAUAUGAAUUUCAACCACGUAAGUGGUACAUGAUCGCCGUAGUGUACAUAUACAAUAGGUGGACGAAGAGCGAGAUUAAAUGUUUGGUCAACGGUCAAUUGGCUUCGAGCACUGAAAUGGCGUGGUUCGUUUCGACAAACGACCCCUUUGACAAAUGUUACAUCGGGGCAACACCGGAACUGGACGAAGAGCGCGUGUUUUGCGGACAAAUGAGCGCGAUUUAUCUGUUCAGCGAAGCCCUGACGACGCAUCAGAUAUGCGCUAUGCAUAGACUGGGGCCUGGAUAUAAGAGUCAGUUUCGUUUUGACAACGAGUGCUACCUGAAUCUGCCUGACAAUCACAAAAGGGUGAGUGAUGAGCCGGAGCUCACGAGCAUGGUGGACCAAAGUAUGCAGACUGUGCUCUACGAUGGCAAGCUGUCGAACGCGAUUGUGUUCAUGUACAACCCGGUAGCAACGGAUUCUCAACUUUGUUUGCAAAGCGCACCGAAAGGCAACGUCUCCUAUUUUGUACAUACGCCGCACGCCCUUAUGCUGCAGGAUGUUAAGGCUGUCAUCACGCAUUCCAUUCACAGCACGUUGAACUCGAUUGGUGGUAUUCAAGUGUUGUUCCCUUUGUUCUCGCAGCUAGAUAUGCCUUACGAUUGCAUAGCGCCAAACGACGUUAAACGAGAUCCAACGUUAUGUUCGAAACUGUUGGGGUUUAUUUGCGACUUGGUGGAGAGUUCGCAAACCGUUCAGCAACACAUGGUGCAGAACCGUGGAUUCCUGGUGAUCAGCUAUAUGCUGCAGAGAGCGAGCAGGGAUCAUCUGACAACGGAGGUUCUCGCGUCGUUUUUGGAGCUGACGAAACACCUGGUCACCUGCCUCAGCGCCAACAGCGACUUGUUAUUGAAACAGCUAUUGGACCACGUCCUUUUUAAUCCCGCUCUGUGGAUUUAUACACCGGCGCCGGUGCAAACGCGGCUUUAUUCGUACUUGGCCACAGAGUUCCUCAGCGACACGCAGAUAUAUUCGAACGUGAGAAGAGUGUCCACGGUGUUGCAAACGGUGCACACGCUCAAAUACUAUUACUGGGUUGCCAAUCCGCGAGCCAAGAGUGGAAUCACUCCCAAAGGACUUGAUGGACCGCGACCUCAACAGAAGGAUAUUUUGACAAUACGUUCUUAUAUUUUGUUAUUUCUCAAACAAUUGAUCAUGAUCGGGAAUGGAGUGAAGGACGACGAGCUGCAGAGUAUUCUCAAUUACCUGACGACAAUACACGAGGACGAAAAUUUGCACGACGUUUUGCAAAUGCUCAUAUCGUUGAUGUCGGAGCAUCCAUCGUCGAUGGUGCCGGCUUUCGACGCGAAGCAGGGCGUCAGAACGAUAUUCAAAUUACUAGCGGCGGAGAGCCAGUUAAUUCGUUUACAAGCGUUGAAGUUGCUGGGGUUCUUUUUGAGUCGCAGUACACACAAGUACGUAGACGAAUUCGACAAACGAAAAUACGACGUUAUGAGCCCUCACAAUCUGUACACGUUACUGGCCGAGAGAUUACUGUUGAACGAGGAGACAUUGUCACUACCAACCUAUAAUGUUUUGUACGAGAUCAUGACAGAACACAUCAGUCAACAGAUCCUCUAUGCCAGACACCCCGAACCAGAGUCCCAUUAUCGUCUAGAAAAUCCAAUGAUUCUGAAGGUGGUGGCGACGUUAAUUAGACAAUCAAAGCAAACGGAGCAACUGCUCGAGGUGAAGAAGCUGUUCCUCUCGGAUAUGACAUUGCUGUGCAACAACAAUCGAGAGAAUCGGCGAACUGUUCUGCAGAUGUCUGUAUGGCAGGAAUGGCUGAUAGCCAUGGCCUACAUUCACCCGAAGAACACGGAAGAGCAAAAGAUCUCGGACAUGGUGUACUCGUUGUUUCGCAUGCUUCUGCACCAUGCUAUUAAGCACGAGUACGGUGGAUGGCGAGUGUGGGUGGACACUCUAGCCAUCGUGCACUCCAAGGUAUCCUACGAGGAAUUCAAGCUUCAGUUCGCUCAAAUGUACGAACACUACGAGAGACAACGAUCAGACAACAUCACCGAUCCCGAGCUGAGGCAGCAGAGGCCGAUCAGCACCAUCUCCGGUUGGGAUCAGCAACAUUCGGGGAACAACGGCUACAACAAACCGUCACCCUGGGGCAAUCAACAGAAUCACGACGUGCAACACGUGGAGAGGAAUUACAAGGAGUUCGACGCGACCGAGGGCAACGACCGUUUGGAAGAGUCGUGCAGCUGCGACCUGAACUCGAUAGACAACACGGAGAGCGACGGGAGUCCAGCGAUCGUCAAGUCGCACAGCGAGACCCUGGACACUGCUCAGUCGAGCGAGGCGAUAUCUCUCGACUCGAGGCUGAGCGACAAGCCGGAAACACCGACGACAGCGCGCGAGAUCCACACGGACACGCCGACGAUCCUCGAGGAGGGAAACAGCGAGGCUGUCUCCAUCCCGACGACCCAGGAGACCAGCGAGGCGAUAUCGAUAGAGAGCUCCAGCGAUUUCUACAGCGAGGUGCACAAGAUCGAAGGUUCCAGUCCGGACUCGCUGGUGGUGGCGCAGGAUGUGCACUUGAAGAAGGACGACGAUCCUUCGGAGCCGAAGUCGCAGGACGAGACGACCGUCUCGCAAUCGUCUGCCGUUGAAAAGAGAGAGACGGAGAGUGUAGAGACGAAGCAGGAAGAUAUCGAACAGACAGAGGUAACGAUGUCUGAGGAGAAGACGGACGUGCCUGACGCCGCCGGUUCGAACGUGCAGAAAUCGCAGGACGACGAGAGCUGCGAGGCUGAAGGCGAGGUCGAGGCCGAAGCCGUGGUCGACGCUGAGGUGGAAACCGAGGCAGAGGCUGUGGUUGAGGCUGAAACCAAGGUGGAAGCCGCAGCUGAGACCGCAGCUGACGUCGAGACCGAAGCUGCAGCUCCUGCGAAGGAGAUCGAAGAGACGACGAACGGCGAAGUGAAAUCGACGGUGGAAGAUGAAAAAGUUCAAACAACUCCCAACGAUGAGAUUCCCUCGGACAGGGUGGAGACGUCGGAGGAAACGGAACAGCAGACGGAGGAAGGCUCGGCGGACUCGGUUGUUGUUCAAACGGAGCAAAUGGAUUCGGGGCCAGUGUCGCCUGUUUCCUCCAGCGAGACGUCAGAGCCGCUGAUCAUCAAGGACAUCGAGAAGCUACAACUGGAGAACGAUCGGGAAGUGAUCGACAGCGACACCUCAGAGGCGUACUUGACACCGACGGAGAACCAGGACAAUUUGGGCGAUAUGAAGUCGAAGGAGAUGGACAAGAUGGACGAGAAUGUUGUCAACGUGGACGUUGAACAGACGAAGAAGACGAGUGUUGACGUUGAGGAUACGGUGAACGAGAACGUGAACAAGGGAGGCGAGGAAACGGUGAAGAAUUCCAAUUGCUCAACUAGCGUAAUAGAAAGUAUCGAGACCGGUGAGAAGAAGGUAGAAGACGUAGAAGAGGAGAAAGCGGAGACAGUAGUGACUAGUGAGUUGUGUAGUGAGAGAUGCGCCGUGGACUCUGUAACAGAGGACAAAAGUGCUGUUAUUAAUGAUAACGGGGAGAAGGUAACAAAUGAUAAACAUUCAAGGGAGCCGUCCACUAUUUCUACUAACGUAAGUGAUAAUCAGCCAGACACUCCGGUGAGGACUGAAGCGGUGGUAGAGGUAACAGAUAAUAGUGUUUGUAGUAAUAGCGAUAUUCAAAGUUCUGUAGAUAACGCGACGCAAGUGCCAAAUCCUAAACAGCAAAUUCCAACAAUAUCUACGGUCUGUGAUGCAAAUAAAAAUAUGCCCGACGGUGUGCCUCAAAUCGUUAGUUCAACAGUGGUUGCGAGGGAUAAUUCGUUGUUGAAUGACUUAACUCCGGAUCACGUAGACGCCCAUCGCAGAUCCAGCUUGCCGGCUGUAUCCACCGAGACAACCACCGACGAUAAUCUAAACAGUAACGAACCUCCUUCUUUACCCGUACCCUUGCGUAAAACAUCGUCACCUCAGAAACGACCAAGGAGUGCCUCAACGUCCACGCAAGUGGAUCCCAAUCAUUUCGAAUCGAAACGAUCGAAGCAAGGUAAUCCUUCCACGAGACCAAUGUUCAGUCCAGGCCCGACUCGACCACCUUUCAGAAUACCAGAAUUCAAAUGGUCUUACAUACAUCAGAGGUUACUCUCGGAUGUCCUCUUCUCGUUAGAGACAGACAUUCAAGUCUGGAGAAGUCACUCGACAAAGUCAGUGUUGGACUUUGUAAACAGCAGCGAGAACGCAAUUUUCGUUGUUAAUACCGUUCAUUUGAUAUCGCAACUGGCUGACAAUCUGAUAAUCGCCUGCGGAGGAUUGUUGCCGCUUCUAGCAUCGGCGACCUCGCCAAAUAGCGAAUUGGAUGUAAUUGAACCAACUCAGGGGAUGCCAAUUGAGGUAGCGGUUUCUUUUCUGCAAAGACUAGUCAACAUGGCUGAUGUACUUAUCUUCGCCAGCUCUUUAAAUUUCGGUGAACUGGAGGCCGAGAAGAAUAUGUCUAGUGGCGGUAUUCUAAGGCAGUGUUUACGACUGGUCUGUACAUGUGCCGUUAGAAACUGCUUAGAGUGUAAAGAACGUGGCAGAUCGUACAGCAUGUUAGGUCGGCAGAUUGGUUCUAGUAAUAAAUCACAGCACAUACAGUCUCUUAUACGUGGAGCUCAAACAUCACCCAAGAACAUUGUGGAUAAUCUGGCACAUCAAUUAAGCCCUGUAAAAGAUCCAGAGAAAUUACUGCAGGAUAUGGACGUGAAUCGCUUAAGAGCUGUGAUAUACAGAGAUGUUGAAGAAACCAAGCAGGCCCAGUUUCUGUCCCUCGCUAUAGUUUACUUCAUCUCUGUACUUAUGGUAUCAAAGUACCGUGAUAUAUUGGAACCGCCAAUAUCACAACGACCACCAAGUCCAGUCCAAACGAUACAAACUAAUGGUGCUAGUUUAAGACCAGGUAGCCCUUCAGGUAUGAUAUACGUCUAGUUCAACAAUUUCUUACACUAUAGUGAUGCAAGACAGUCAUUUAAUAAGUGACUAAGUAAGAUAGUUAAUACUAUAUUAUCCAGGA